UUUACCUUCAUUGCAUUAUUUUCAUUUUUUCGUAAAUCAUAUUUUUUCAAACCUUAACCAACAGUCAUUUUGCUAUCUGGUCACACUGCAUCGGAAUACACAUUCUAUUCUGUAAUUGGUUCAAGUUCCUAUGACGUCAUAAGUCUCAGUUUACGUUUAGUUGGAAUUUUUUAUCUGUGGGUAAACUAAGAUGAAACCAAGAGGAGAGGGGAGAGGAGUAAUAAUUUUUGAAAGUUCUUCAUCUUCUUCAAGUUCUUGUACAGAUUCUUCAUAGUUAUUGAAAAAUUACUGUACGGCUACGGAUUUGUUUCAAUUAGAACUAUGGCCAGUGAAUGAGUAACAAUUCGUAAUGAAUCUAAACGCAGCAUGUAAAAUUAAUCUUGAUAUGAAUCGUUUUUUAUUGAUCACUUUCCAUUCAAGAAGAUUUCAUGGAGAUGAAUCGAAGCAUCUCAUACGUGUUUGGAGAAAUUAGAUUGUUGUUUCGCGGAGCAUAGCAUAAUUUUAUGCACAGAUCGAGUCACAACAUGUGGCACGAAGCUAGGAAGCAGGAGAAGAAAAUCAGAUGUAUGCUAGUCGAUUAUCAACGAAGGGCUCAAAGAAGAAAGGAUUAUUAUGAUAAAAUUAAAGCAGAUCCGACGCAGUUUUUACAGUUACAUGGCCGACCUUGCAAAAUACAUUUGGAUCCUGCGGUAUGCAUCGCCGCUAACAGUUCAGUUACCAUGAUGCCUUGGCAAGGCAACACGGACGUAAUGAUAGACAGAUUCGACGUCCGAGCGCAUUUAGAUAUGAUACCGGAAGUACAACCGUCUACUGGGAUACACGAUGAUUUAUCUUACGAAGAAAGACAAAUAAAUUACGAACGUUAUCGAAUCUUAGUUCAGAAUGAUUUUUUCAGCAUACCCGAGGGAAAAUUCCUGAAUCAGAUCAAUUUGGAAGAGAAAUUUGGCCCCGUACUUAAGAACGCGGAGCAAGAGCCGUCUAAAAAAAGACCUUCCGUUGCCAUCGGGUAUAAUUACGAUGAUGAUAGCGCUAAUAAUAGUCCAUUGGUUAGGGUAGAGGAACCGAAAAAGGAUUCAAGUACUUUGAAUUCCGAUGAAGAGAAAGACGAAGAUUCAGAGAGUGAUAUUGAUUUAGAUUUAACUGUCGAUGUCAGUAAAAUUGAAACGCAACAGGCUAAUGAGCUGAAUACGUGCGCCCAUUCUUACGGAAUGAUCACCAAUGAUUUCUUCAGUUUUCUUAAUAAUGAUCUCGAAGAAGCUGAGAAUAUGAGGAUGGUUAAAGAACAAGAAGAAGAAAAGGCCAUGUUUUCGGGUAGGAAAUCUCGUAAAGAACGAAGAGCAUUCAGAGAAAGAACUUUAGUUGGCAGAAAAUUGAGUCCACCAAGUUACGCGUGGAGGAAAAGUCCUUCUUAUGAAGACUACAAAGCAUUAAUGUCUUCCAACCGCUCACGAUCAAAAUCCGCAUCUCCGCAGAAUUCAGGCAAGAUUACUUAUAUCACUAGUUUCGGUGGAGAUGAACCUGCUGCUACUGGUUCAAAUUUAGAAAAGCCCAGUAAUUCCAAUUCAAACUACGAAAAAGACGCAAGGAACAGAAAAAACCGAAGUCGCAGUUUAUCUCGUGGAAGAGAUAGUAAAACUAAACGAGCCAGACGUUCUCGGUCUAGCAGUGAAAAUCGUAGAAGAUCAGGAAAAUCAAGAAGUAGAUCACGAUCGCGAAAUCCCACCUUGAAAUCAAUUCGACGAGAUGAUUUACGUAGUGAUAAACCGCAAGGACGAUUGCCCUCGAGGUCAAGAUCUAAAUCAGAACAGAGGACCAAAACACCACCCAGGAUAUCGCCGAAGAAUUCACCAACGGAAAAUUCAACUCCUUCAGGAAGUGGGUUAGGAUUAUCUGGAAAUUCAGCAGGCGCUAAAGCCAUUCCUCGGUAUUAUGGCCGUAGAAAGGAAGAAUCUUCAUCUGAGUUGAGCUUAACAUCAGAUGAUGAAUCGAGCAAGCAAUCACAAACGUCUAAGUCUAAAGUAAAUCAAGCUUCCGGUCCUAGUCGUUUGAAUACAUCUAUCAAAGCUAAUAAUACGGAUAAGUUGACUCCUCAGGAACGUUUAAAAAGAAAAAGACAGGUUCUGCUGAAUAAACAAUUUAAAGCAGAUAAACGCGCUGAAAGGGAAAAAGUAAUGAAAAUGGUUCAAGAAAGGAUCGAUAGAGCCGAAGAAAUGAAAGAGAUAUCGAUAAAAUUGAGAAGACGGCAACGCAUGUUGCGUCACAAUGACAGUCCAAGGCGCAAUAGUCGAAGUUCUUCGAGGUCUCCUAGUUCAUCUAAUGAAUGGCGAUCGUCUUCACGCUCGCCAUACAGACGAUCUCACAGACGAAGUGAUCGGUAUCGAUCACCAUCCAAUGAUAGCUCUGGUGGCAGUGGUCGUAACGAUAGGAGAAAAUCGCGUAGACGUCGAAGUAGCUAUAGUCGAAGUCGUAGUCGUAGUCGUGGUCGCAGCAAUAGCAGAACUCCUACUAGACGGAGUCGAUACAGUGAGGAACGUUCCAACGAUCGUAGACAAGACGAUAAAUUUUUAAAAAAUAUCAAAGAAUGCGAUAAAGCAUCUCGCAAUAGACGUUAUUGCACCUUGAGCGAGGAACGUGAAUUAGCUCGCGUUCAACUCGAAGGUAAAUCAGACACUAAUCGAAGGAGAAAUCGCGAUCAACGCAGUCCAAAACGUAAAUUAAAUGAUGAUAACUAUUCACAUGACAGUACCAGUGAUCGAAGAGAUCGAUGGGGUAAUGAUCGAUAUCGUGACGAUCAUUCAAGAUAUCCAAGCCAUCGGCCGAAUUCACGGGACAGAUAUUCUCGGCAUGAUUAUUGAAAAUUGAAGCAUUACUAUGGAACUGUGCCGGUUUCGUUAGUUUUGAGAUGUUCUUAUUCAUUUUUAACGAUUACUUUUUUUUUUACAAUGUUGACGUCCUGUGUUUAUUCAAACUUAUAUUAUUUAUGAAAAUGUCCAGCGUUUUUUUGCUAGUAAUUUGGUGAUAUGUAGUAACAUCAGAAAAUUAUUCAUGACUCAAUUUCUAAAUGAUUGAAAGUUUCAAUAAAUUAAUAUUGAAUACAUACUGUAACAAAAAUUAUGUACUCGUCGCAAUUUUCGCCUUUGAGAUGAAAUUAAAAAUUGGUUGUGUUCUGUAGGGUACGAUUAAUAGUCAAGUGUUUUGUUAUUUAUAAUUUUUUUACUGUCAUCUUUAACUUUUUUAAAAAAUGAAACUUCCAAGUUUAAACAAUGGAUCAACAGUAUUCUGUGCUUUUGUAAAUAAAGUGUUUCUUUUUUUUCGA